CGUUAUUUGCUGUCUUUGUCUUUCCCUUGUCUCUCUCUCAGUACACUCACCCCCGUUCAACCUCGCCGGAGCUUCAUUUUCCGGCUAAAACGUCACCGACGGCGAGAUCUGAGCGGCACCCAGAUUUUGGUACCAUGGUUAACCCACAAAGUUUGUGUCUUUGAGAAAACCCAAAGUCAUUUUCACACACGCUCUCUCUAUACUUUCUCUCUCUGAAACAUGGGUCUUGGUCUUCUUCCAUUGCUUCUCUUUCACCUUUUGGUGUUUUUCUUCACUACCCAUCACGCAAAUGCCCUCAAUGCUUCGUUUGCAAGCGACGCAUUGUCCCUUCUUAGUUUCAAACGCUUAGUCUCUUCGGACCCUUCGAACCUUCUCGCCGGAUGGACCAAUCGCUCUUCUUCUAGUCUCUGCCGCUGGCACGGCGUCGCUUGCGGCGGCGGAAGCCUCUCCGGCGGAGUAACCGCCCUGAACUUGACCGGUCUUCAAGGCGGUGAAUUGGCUCCUUCUGUCGGAGACUUGUCAGAGCUUCGUGUCCUGUCCAUUCCCGGCAACAUGUUUUCCGGCGAGAUUCCGGCGAGCUUAGGGAGGCUCCGGGUUCUCGAGGUUCUUGAGCUACAAGGGAACAACUUUUCUGGGAGAGUCCCUAGUCAGAUGAGUUAUCUUCAAUCUCUUAACCUUGUUAACCUCUCUGGCAAUGCUUUAUCUGGUUCCAUACCCCGUGAGUUUAUUGGCUCUGGGAAUGUAAAAAUCGUUGAUUUAUCGAAUAAUCAGUUUUCUGGUAAGAUUGUAGUGGAUGGUUUGGGUGGUUGUGAUUCCUUGAACCAUUUGAAGCUGUCCCACAACUUUCUGACUGGUGAGGUUCCACCACAGAUUGGGAAAUGUAGAAACUUGAGGACCCUUUUGGUUGAUGGGAAUAUCUUGGAAGGUAGAAUCCCUCCUGAGAUUGGUUAUGCUGUUGAACUUAGAGUUCUAGAUGUUUCUAGAAAUAGCUUGACUGGAAGGAUCCCCAAAGAGCUUGCCAAUUGUUUGAAAUUGUCUGUGCUUGUGCUGACUGAUUUGUUUGAUGAUCGCGGGGUUGAUGAGGGAAGCUUGGAGGAUAGCUUUAGAGGAGAGUUCAAUGCCUUUGUUGGGAAUAUUCCUCAUGAAGUAUUGUUGCUUUCGAGCUUGCAGGUUCUGUGGGCACCAAGAGCGAAUCUUGGCGGAAGGUUGCCUAGUGGCUGGACAGAUUCAUGCUCUCUGAGAGUACUAAAUUUGGCACAGAAUUAUGUUACUGGUGUCAUGCCUGAAAGUUUGGGGAGGUGUAGAAAUUUAACUUUCUUGGAUUUGAGUUCUAACAAUUUAGUGGGAUAUUUGCCUUCGCAGCAGCUUCAGGUUCCUUGUAUGAUGUACUUCAAUGUUAGUAGGAAUAAUAUAUCGGGCAUACUUCCAAGAUUUCGGAACGAAAGCUGUCCUGCGAGUAGCAUCUCUGCCCCUCCAGACCCUGCAUUCCUAGAAUUGGAAGGUAUUAAUGAUGCAUACUUCAAUUUUCCUGUUUGGAGGUUUCAGCAGAAUGCACUCGUUGGAUCAGGUUUUGAAGAAACUAAUGUUGUUAGGCAUGAUUUCAGUUGGAACAGUUUUGUGGGAUCCUUACCUUUGUUCUCUCUUGAAGGUAAUCUUUUUACUGCAGACCGCAAAGUCUCCUACAUGCUGUUUCUCAAUAAUAAUAUGUUCAAUGGAACUCUACCAUACCAACUGGUUUCAAACUGUAAUGACCUCAAAACAUUGUCAGUUAACUUGAGUGUGAACCAACUAUCCAGUGGGAAUUCCCAGGCAUUGUUUCUGGACUGUCUGCAGUUGACAGAUUUUGAAGCAGCAUACAACCAGAUUGGAGGGUCAAUUGGACCUGGUAUAGGUGACUACACGAUGCUUCGGCGUCUUGAUUUAAGUGGAAACAAACUAUCUGGAUCCCUGCCUGAUCAGUUGGGAAACCUGAAAAACAUAAAAUGGAUGCUUCUAGGUGGGAACAAUCUAACUGGGGAAAUUCCUUCCCGACUUGGUCAAUUGACUUCCCUUGCUGUCUUGAAUCUGUCUCACAAUACUCUAAUUGGAACAAUCCCUGCGAGUUUGUCGAAUGCCACAAGUCUUGAAAUUCUUUUGCUAAAUCACAACAACCUUUUUGGGGAAAUACCUUUAUCUAUUUCUGCUCUUUCCAAUCUUGUUCAAAUAGAUGUUUCUUUCAACAAUCUUUCUGGUCAUAUUCCUUAUCUUCAACACCCAAGUGAUUGUGAUUCCUAUAAAGGGAAUAAACAUCUGCACUCUUGCCCUGAUCCGUACUCUGACUCACCUGCUUCUCUUCCAGUCCCUCUUGAAGUCCAAAAUUUGCGUAGGCACAGAAAAUUAAGUACAUUAGUCAUUGUGGUGGUCACUUCUGCUUCUGUGGCUCUCUGCAUACUUUUGGGAUUAGUAUUGCUGAUCUUUUUUGGAAGGAGUAAAUUUGGUCGGCUUAGCAGUAUUAGAAGGCGACAGGUAGUGACUUUUCAAGAUGUUCCAAUAGAAUUGAGUUAUGACAGUGUGGUCACAGCUACCGGAAAUUUCAGCAUCCGGUAUCUAAUUGGCAGAGGUGGCUUUGGCUCAACUUACAAGGCAGAACUUUCUUCAGGUUUUCUUGUUGCCAUCAAGAGGUUGUCCAUAGGUAGAUUUCAAGGCAUUCAACAAUUUGAAACAGAAAUAAGGACAUUAGGGAGAAUUCAACACAAGAAUCUUGUGACUCUUAUUGGCUAUUAUGUAGGAAAGGCUGAAAUGUUCUUAAUUUACAACUACCUUUCUGGUGGGAACCUUGAAGCUUUCAUACAUGACAGGUCAGGGAAAAAUGUUCAGUGGCCAGUCAUUUACAAAAUUGCAAAAGACAUAGCAGAGGCCCUUGCUUUCCUUCAUUACUCUUGUGUUCCGCGCAUAGUUCACCGGGAUAUCAAGCCUAGCAACAUCUUACUUGAUGAAGAUCUUAAUGCCUACUUGUCAGAUUUCGGCUUGGCGCGGCUACUUGAGGUAUCUGAGACCCAUGCUACUACUGAUGUGGCAGGCACAUUUGGUUAUGUUGCACCUGAAUAUGCCACAACUUGCAGGGUUUCUGACAAAGCUGAUGUUUAUAGCUUUGGUGUAGUGUUAUUAGAAUUGAUGUCUGGAAAAAGGUCACUUGAUCCAUCAUUUUCUGAAUAUGGAAAUGGAUUCAAUAUUGUACCAUGGGCUGAGCUGCUAAUGACUGAAGGUCGUUGUUCUGAGCUAUUUUCAUCUGCUUUGUGGGAAACAGGCCCUCAGGAAAAGUUGUUGGGGCUUUUAAAGCUUGCAUUAACAUGCACAGUAGAGACUCUUUCUAUUCGACCUUCCAUGAAGCAGGUUCUGGAGAAAUUGAAACAAUUGAAAACUUGAAAACUUUGAGCAGAUCAUACUGAUCAGCAAUGGAAUGCUGCUUUUGUUUGCUUGAAACUAUUGACUCAGAUAACUUGCAAGAAAAGGUUACAGGUCCAGCAGCUGCGAAGCUUCUCAUGAACAAUUGUUUCUUGCCACUAGGAAAUAAGGAAUCUGAUAUCAUAAUGGCAAAACACAUGAGCUGUUACUACAAAGCCUGUGUUACCUCCUUUCACAUUUGUGCUAACAGUUUUCACACUAUCAGAAGAUGUGCAUUAACCGCUAGAUGCAUGUUUGUGAAUACCAUUUCAUUUGCAUUGAAGGAUGGUCAUUAUGAUUUUUUUACAUUUUGGAGGGCUUUUUAGGUGACCGCUUGGGAACUCUGAAAAAUCCAAAAUUCUUUAAUGACGUAGUGACGAAGCAACUGUCAUCAUUCUUUAGAAAUGUUGAGUUUUAUAUCAGUCUCUGAGCAAGAGAAAUGCCAAAAGUGCAAUAUCGCCACUUUGUCAAAAUCUUCCCAAA